UCAAAAGUUGUUACCUCUCGGUACCUAAAAAACUAUAACACGAAUUGUAAAAUUAUGUCAGCAAAUAUGGAGUAGAUGGAGUUUACCGUCCAAAGUGAAACAAAUAAUCAAAUAAUUUACAGGGUUGACAUGUUAUGUUGCAAAUGUACGUGCCCUGUAGGAUUUAACGGCAAAUAUUGCAAGCAUGAAGCAUUAGUGGUUAGGAACUACAAUAUUUUAUCGGUUAUAAACAACCUGUCGACAAACGCUAAAUUAAAGUUGUACGAAAUUGCAACUGGCAAUAAUGCACCCGAAAGAAUAUUUAUUCCACUACAAAAUACAGAAAUAACAGAACCUACUUUGGAGUGUGCGUUACCAUCAUCAUCUAUUACGCCACACAAAAAUGAAAUAUCUUCAUCUAGAAAUGGAAUAAUGCAGCUUAUUAAUGGAACGUGCUUGCCUUCAGAAAGUGAAAUUGCAGAAUUAAAAGAUAAAUGGAUAUUGUAUUCUAAUGAUAUAGUCAGUAAACUUGAACAAGAUCCUCAACAAUUUUAUCCUGCUAUACAGACCUAUUUAAAUAAUGUAGAUAAAUAUGCACACACCACUACUGCAUUACUCAGUGGAAUGCAUAAAACAUUCAAAUAUAAAGGCAUUUCUUUAGGACUUCUGCCAUAG